AUGGCCAAACUCUUUAAAAACCACAACCUUAAUCUGGAGAUAAAAGUAAGUCUCCUACGAGGUUAUAUCUUCUCGAUAUUAUACUACGAAGUUGAAUCCUGGACACUCACUGAAGCGAUGGAGAAAAAACUUAAAGCUUUUGAGAUAUGGCUAUACAGAAAAAUCCUAAGGAUAUCAUGGACGGACAAGAUAACCAACGAGACUGUACUUCAAAGAAUAGGGAAAGAAAGAGAGGAAAUAACUCUCCACAACAACAACAAAUCUAUUUAAAGAAUCAGUUAAUAUAGCCAGAAUGUUCAAGAAUAUUCAAAACGAAUAG